CUCAGCUGAUUUGGUUUAGUUGUUAGCAACAUGUGCUAAGCCCAAUGACUGGGGCUGCUCCUGUGUCAGUGGAAAAGUACAGCAGGGGAAGUGGUGGUGGCCGGGUGGUGGUGUAUCCUAGGUUCACUGUCAAAUAGGCACCACUCUGACAUGAGGCAACAGGGAGCACAUGCAACUGAUAGUAAUGAGGUCCUAGACAAAAAAGGCAAACUGGGGAUACAGUUUGUAGGGUCUCCUGAGGGGAAUACUAAGCAGUUUGCUGUUGCUCUUGGCAACUCUUGGGGGCGGGAGCAUCAGGAUGGAGGGGAGAGGAAGCAGCCCUGGUCGAGCUAGCCAGGACAAGAGUCUGGUGAAGAAAACACAGGAACUGCUUGACCGUGGGCAGUGGGCGAACAAGAUUGAAUUCCUUUUGGCUGUGGCAGGAACACUAGUAGGACUUGGAAAUCUGUGGAGGUUCCCCUAUUUGUGCUACAAGAAUGGGGGAGGUGCAUUCUUGGUGCCUUAUGUUCUAUUCCUGCUGUCAUGUGGGAUCCCACAGUUUCUCAUGGAGACCGCUAUGGGUCAGUACACAUCACAGGGGUGCAUCACCUGCUGGAGACACUUCUGCCCCCUGUUUGAAGGAAUUGGUUAUGCAACUCAAGUGGUGAUAGCCUAUGCUGCGGUCUCAUACAUUGUGAUCCAGGCAUGGGCCUUCUUCUACCUCUUCCACUCCUUCAGCGCAGAGGUGCCCUGGGCCAGCUGCAGAAAUGAAUGGAACACAGAAAACUGUGUAGAAUUUGACAAGACUAAUUCCUCUUCCAACUGGACAGCUUCCCCAAAUGCAACAACACCAGCGACUGAGUUUUGGGAACGGCGAGUGCUGGGGAUUUCUGACAGCAUUGAGCACAUUGGGAGCCUGCGAUGGGAGCUCGCCCUGUGUCUUUUACUGGCCUGGAUCAUUUGUUACUUCUGUGUUUGGAAAGGAGUCAGAUCCACAGGAAAGGUGGUUUACUUCACUGCCACUUUCCCAUACGUCAUGCUGGUGGUCCUCUUGGUCCGUGGGCUCACUUUACCUGGAGCUAUGAAUGGUUUAGCUUUCUACUUGUAUCCUGAUCCCUCACGAUUGGCUGACCCUCAAGUGUGGAUGGAUGCAGGUGCGCAAGUUCUGUUUUCUUUUGGGAUUUGUCAAGGAACACUGACAGCCCUAGGCAGCUACAACCAAUAUAACAAUAAUGUCUACAAGGACACAUUUGUUCUAUGUUUGGUAAAUGGAGGGUCAAGUUUCGUAGCAGGAUUUGCUAUCUUUUCUGUUUUGGGUUUUAUGUCUUAUGAGCAAGGCCUUCCCAUAUCUCAAGUGGCUGCAUCAGGCCCUGGUUUGGCGUUCAUUGCUUACCCACGGGCUGUGGCCAUGAUGCCCCUGCCUCAGCUAUGGGCCAUAUGCUUCUUCAUCAUGGUGAUCCUCCUUGGAGCGGACACACAGUUUGUGAGUCUAGAGUGUCUGAUGACUUCAGUGACAGACAUGUUCCCCACUGUUUUUCGAAGAGCGUACAGACGAGAGCUACUGCUGCUGUGCCUCUGCACUGUCUGCUUCUUCCUGGGACUUCUCCUGGUCACAGAGGCAAGGUUGUAUUUUCUUCAACUGUUUGACCAUUAUGUCUGUAGUGGGAACAACUUACUUCUUUUAUCAGUUUGCCAGACGAUUGCAAUUGGAUGGAUUUACGGGGGUGAUCGCUUGUAUGAUAACAUUGAAGACAUGAUUGGUUUUCGUCCUGGACCACUAAUGAAGAUCUGCUGGCGUUAUGUCACUCCAAUUGUUUGUUUUGGAACAUUUCUUUUCUCCAUUGUGCGAUACCAGCCACUAAAGUUCAACAAAACGUAUGUGUACCCAACCUGGGCCUACGUUCUGGGCUGGUCUCUGGGCCUCUUCUGUGUCCUCUUGGUGCCUCUGUGGAUUAUCUACAAGCUAACUCAGAUGAAGGGGACGGUUUCGCAGAAUCUGAGGCAGCUUUGUCGACCUGAAGUGAAGACCCGGGGCAAGAAUGGUCCUGAGCAGUGUCCUCUGAACCCAGACUCGAAAGCGCCCCCUGUGGAUGUCAAGGGCAAUGGCACAGUGGAGAUGGAGCACCAAGUCUGAUACUCUGCAUCACGAGAACUAUUUUUCUAUUUUAUAGUUUUCAUUUGUUUGUGGUCAUUUUGGAACUUUUGAAUGUGACAUUUAUACUGUACUUUUUAUUCAUGUAAAGUAAAAUAUAGUUUUUUGGGGGACAUGCCAACUUUUAUGAAGUGACCACACAAACUAUUUUAGAGCUAUUUGGAACUUUUGAAUAAUGGCUUGAAUAGGUGGAUAAUAAUAUAGCAUUUGUAUUUUGAAGGGUGUUGCAAACUGUAGAUGUGAAGUUUCUUUUAGUAAUAUGAAGGUGAUAUCAUGAUUAUAUGAAGAUAUGUUUCUAGAUGUUGUUAAUGCUUAUAUAUAUAUAUAUAUAUAUAUGUAUUUAUUUAAUCAACAUUUCUAGUGGACAACCAUAUUUUUCCAAAGUCUUCCUCUGUACAAUGCCUUUAUAAAUGGUUUCUUGGCUCAUGCUGCCAAAUUCUAAAGAAUAACCGAUGAUAGUUGCACUUUAAAUAUGUUGAAGUUCAGCAUUCAUGUUAACAAAACCACUAAUAAUGGUCUUCUUGCAUCAUUCCCAUAUCAUUAUGUAGCUUUGUAAACAGAUGAGACAAAGCAAUCAACCUUAACUCAAUCAUAACAUUUUAUGCAACUUGUUGAUUUGGCACUUAUUUAAACUUUAAUGUAAUUAUUUCAAUAAAAUACUUUUGCUCUUGCAA